AAUCGUUUGUUUACAUCCAAAACAGGAGAAUUACUUAAUUCAUCAGCAAAACAAGCAAUCACAUGUUGUUCAGUUCCUUGUUCACAAAAACAAAUUUAACUUACAAAUAACAUAAUAAAAAUAAAAAAAAUAUUAUUAAAAUAAUGACUUCACCAGUUGAUAAGAACACUACUGUAACAAAAAUUUCUGAUGAAGAACGUUUAAAGCUAGCUGCAAAAUUGGAUAAAGAGCUUGAUGAUUUUAUUGAUAGUCUAGGAGGAAAAAAAUAUACGGAUGGAUGGCCUGAAGAUAAAUGGCAAGAGGAAAUGGAAAAACAUCCUUUCUUCAUGAAACAAGCUCCUAAACCUGGUGACGAAGUACACCCUCUUUUCGAAGGAAUGCAACAAUUAAAAUAUGAUCCUGAAGAAAAUACUGCAGAUGAAUUAGCUUUAAAUUAUAAAGAAGAUGGAAAUUUUUACAUAAAACAUAGAAAGUUUAGGACUGCAAUAUAUGCUUUUACAGAAGGGUUAAAAGCUCGAAGUGAAAAUUCGGAAACUAAUGCUAUUCUCUACAAUAAUAGAAGUGCAGCAAAUUACUUUUUGCAGAAUUAUAGAUCAUCAUAUUUAGAUGCUUUACAAGCAUUAAAAUUAAAACCAGACUAUGAUAAAGCCCGAUGGAGAGCUGCACAGUGCGCAUUUUUUAUUAAAAACUACGAGGAAUGUUUAAAAUACUGUAACGAUAUAAUAGAAAACAACUCAGAAGAUGAAAAGGCGAAAGAACUCCUUAAAAAAUGUAAGACAGAAAAAUUGAUACAAGAACGAAACGAAAGAAAACAGCAGUUGUUAGCAAAUAAAAAACAAAUUGAAUUUAAAAAAGUCGUAGAUGCUUUAGAAAAGCGAAAAAUAAAAUUUGAUGAUAUUGGGAAUAAUAAAUUAAUAACAGAAGAAUUGCUUAAACCUAAAUUUUUACCACUUGAGGAUUUUCCUUGUAAAGUAGAUAAAAAUGGUGUACUAUCAUGGCCAGCAGCAUUUUCAUAUCCUGAAUUUUUAUUCAGUGAUUUUCAGCAAAUUUUAAAUGAAGAAAUUGUGAUGGAAAAAUGUUUAGAAGAUAUGCUACCGUUACCAUGCGAUACAAGUAAUAAUUACAGAAUUGGAAAUUUGUCUGUAUACUAUGAAAAUCGAAAAGCCGGAAAAGUGUUCGCAGUAAACUUAAAUAAAACUAUUAAAGAAAUAGUAAAUGAAAAAAAUUUUUAUGUUAGUGGAGGAUCUCUACUCUUUUAUGUGGUUCCUAGAAAUAGUGAUGUUGAAAAAGAAUUUAUUCAAGCAGAAAGGAGACCUAUGUUGAUUGACUUCAUGCCAAAAUGUCAUUAUUUUUCCCAAAAUGAAAUAAACAUAGAAUUUGCCUCCCAAGUAUAUGCAAUUUUUUAGAGAAGUAUGUUGAAAUAAUUCGA